AUGACGAGCCAAUCAUAUACCGAACUUUUGAGCAAGGACGAUGGAUACAUGACCAUGAUGCGCAAACUGAUCGACGGACCGAAGCCCAUACCAGUCAUCGAGACCGCGCACACUGAGGAUGGUUGGCCGCAUGGCUUUGCUGAUCGCGCCUCGUGGGCACUGGAGUUGGAACUAUCGAUGCGAGGAGUGGGCUUCACGUGGACGACGGCCGACGUACGACAUACAUCAAAGACUUGGCUGCCUACCGUGCAGAAUCGCAUCCAUUCGUUGCUCGUGCAUGUUGGACCAGUACUAGUCAUUGCAUGGGCAGUCAUUCGGACCGUAUAUGUGCGACGAUUGGCACCGAUGAUGGACAGGAUCGAUCCGCCUCCGUCACCAUUCGAUGAAUUGUCACUUUCGGAGCAAUAUCUACUUACCACUGCACUUGGAGCGUUCCUGAUGGCUGCGUUCUCAUUCGGCCAUUCGCUCUUCGCAAUCAUCUGCUCGCCAUUGGCACCUUCGCCGCUGGCCUUCUUUCCCCCGCUCUACACGACACGAGUCUGGGACAUCACAUCUGCUCGAGGCUUCUGGUCAUAUGGAUGGCACAGACUUUUCGCUCGUCUGUUCCUGGUUUGGGGCGUAUGGCCAGGCGAGUGGCUAGAGAGGACAAUCACGGGCAAAUCUUCUGACCAGCCUGCCGACAUUGGCAAAGUGCUUGGUGGCUUCUUGAGUUCUGCGGUCGUACAUUCUUUGUCCGUGAGAGGUACGGUUGGCGGUAGCUGGGCCGACGCAGCUGGCGAGGCCAAGUUCUUCGCGCUGAAUGGUAUCGCGAUCAUUAUCGAAGAGGGCGUCAAGCGAGCCGUCAUCCGAAUGAGAGCUCGUAGUAAUGGCAAACCACAGAUGUGGUAUGACGAUUCGAUUGGACGUAUCUGGUGGAUCGGCAUUUUGUUAACGACUGGACGCAACUUCGCUCGCGGCUGGACAAAAGGAGGUCUCGUACGCGAGAUGGCAUUCAUGUGA